AUGACCCGGCCCUCACAACCCUUCCCUCACAACCCGUCCCUCACCCCGUCCCUCACGCUCCUUCCCUCACCCCGUCUCUCACAACACUUCCUUCACACCCCGUCCUUCACAACACUUCCUUCACAACCCUUCCCUCAUAACCCGUCCCUCACCCCGUCCCUCACGUCCCUUCCCUCACAACACUUCCUUCACAAUCCUUCCUUCACAGCACUUCCCUCACAACACUUCGCUCACAACCCGUUCCUCACAACACGUCCCUCACAACCCUUCCCUCACAACACUUCGCUCACCUCAUCCCUGAUUCCGUCCCUCACCCCGACCCUCAAGUCGCUUCCCACAUCCCCACUUCCAUCACAACACUUCCCUCACAACCCUUCCCUCUCCCCGUCCCUCUCCCCGUCCCUCACAGCGCUUCCCUCACAACCGUUCCCUCACAACCCUUCCCUCACAACCCGUCCCUCAGAACACGUCCCUCACAACACUUCCCUCACCUCAUCCUUGAUUCCGUCCCUCACCCCGACCCUCACGUCGCUUCCCACACCCCGUCCUUCACAGCACUUCCUCCACAACCCUUCCCUCAAAACACUUCUCUCACAACCCUUCCCUCACAACCCUUCCCUCUCCCCGUCCUUCUCCCCGUCCCUCACAACACUUCCCUCUCCCCGUCCCUCUCCCCGUCCCUCACAACCCUUCCCUCUCCCCGUCCUUCUCCCCGUCCCUCACAACCCUUCCCUCUCCCCGUCCUUCUCCCCGUCCCUCACAACCCUUCCCUCUCCCCGUCCUUCUCCCGUCCCUCACAACCCUUCCCUCUCCCCGUCCCUCACAACACUUCCCUUACAACACUUCGUUGACAACUCUUCGCUCACAACACUUCCCUCACAACCCUUCCCUCACAACACUUGA